GUUUGUGACAUGGGAUCCGUGUAGUAAGAAGGAUUGAAAUGUGAAUAAUUUUCAAAAAUAUCUGGUAACCCUGCCGAAAUGCUCAGUUAUUGUUUACUUUUAAGUGUGGCUCUUGUUAAAUUAAAUUGUUUGAAACAGAAAUUAUUUUACAUCAAUAAAAGAAAACAGUUUCUAUAAGUCAUUGUUUUAACCAUGUCGUGGUUACAAGAUUUAGCUGGGAAAGCUGAAAAUAUUUUAACUAAGAUAGAUCAAAAUGCAGCGACUGUACUACAGCAUCAGAAUCGUCAAUCUGCAGAAAAUGAUGAUGUGAAAACUAUGGAAUCAUUGGUGGAAGUUACGGCAGAUUAUUCUAGUAGUAAAGUUUCCACAGUGAAAACAAAGCCUACAUUAACAAAGAUGUUAUCAUUAAAUGUCAAGUCUCCAGCAUCUAGGGGCUUGAUUAGAUCAUCCUCGACAAGUUCCCAUGAACGAGCUCUAUGGAACGAAGGAAUGGAUCUUGAAAACGUAUCAGUAAAAUCAGAGAGAGUUGUUUCAUCGCGCCGUAGCUCAAAUAGCUCGAAGAAAGAUGGAACUGUUAUAGAUUUAAGUGGGUUUUCUUUAGAGAAAAACAAUCAAGAUUAUAGUUGUUUUUCUGUGGAAAAGGAAUUAGCAGCAACAAAGAUAAUUUUAGCGGAAGUGAAAUCUGAGAGAGAUGAAUUGAAAAUUGAACUGGAUAAUAUUCAAACACUGCUAUCAAAUUCUGAUGCUGAUUCAAAAUUGAAGGAAAUGGAAAGGUUGCAUCAAAAUUUACUAGACGAAAAAAAUGAUUUGAGCGCGAAGCUACUAUUAUCAGAAGAAUCAAAUGCAAAGUAUAUCAAAUCAAUAUCAGAUUUGGAGUCUGUUGUUUCAAAACAUAUACAAGUACAUCAAGAGUUAAACCAAAAGCUUGAUCUGGCGAAAAUGGAAACAAACAACAUAACUGCGGAACUACAGCAAUAUCGCGUUAGAGCCCACGCAACACUUCAAUUAAAAGAGCAAAUAAUUGAGCAGCUCAAACAAAAUGUCAAAACUGAAGGACACGAGCAUGCGGAUAAACUGACACAAAUGGAACUGGACCAAAUGAAAAACGAAAAGAUGAGCAUGUUGGAAGAAAUUAUGAAUUUAAAUAAGAAAUAUGAAAAUGGAAAAAUUUUCUGGCAGACGAUGGAACAAACUCUAAAGACAACAGUAUUAGAUUUGGAAAGUCGAAUAAAAGAGCUUCAGCAUAAACUAAGUUUAGAAACAACAAAAGUUUUGCAACUAGACGAUGACCUGAACAUGAAGCAAAAGGAGUUGACAUCUGCUAGGGAAGAGCUUGUGAAACAGAGGACUUCGUUUUCAACCAUUAUGCACGAAAAAGAGGCUGAAAUUGUAAGGUUAAAGGACCAGUUCCAAAAGCGUCCGAACAGUCCGUCAAAGGAUCUUGAACAGCGACUAGUGUCUCUUACACAAUCUCUGGUACAAAAGCAAACUUCCUUAGAAACUGUAACGGCCGAACGCAAUGCACUCCGUCUGCAGUUGGAAAAACUAGAUACCCAAUAUCGAAGUACUGUUUCUCAAAUUCGGCAGCAGCGAGUGGUUUACACAAGCUUAAAUGAAACAGACGAUGCCAAAUCCCAAGUUCCAAAUUUUAUGGUAGAGAAUCCAUUCGAUAACAGGGUGGCACGAAGAGUCAAACGGGCUUAUUCUUCUUUGGACUCCAUAGGUAUACGAUUGGGAGUGUUUCUGCGGAGAUACCCAUUGAUUCGAAUCCUGGUUAUUGUUUACGUUGCGGUGUUACAUUUGUGGGUUAUGUUUGUACUUCUAUCAACAACACCCGCUUAGUGAAAAUACAAUUAUAUCGUAAAGGAUGGUAGAUGUUAAACAUUUUACCUAUGAAACGUUUUAUUCCCUUGUAUUCAGUUUAUACAUUAACUGUACUGAAAGUAUGAAAAUGAAACUGUGAUGGUAAAUGGA